AUGUGGGGACUUUGGGGUGUUCCCAGCACAGGGGGCACCACAAGACCCCCUCCCCAAUUCCUCCUGCAGGUGAACCUGGUGGGGACCUUCAACGUGAUCCGCCUGAGCGCGCAGCUCAUGAGCCGCAACCAGCCCGACGCCGACGGCCACCGCGGGCUCGUGGUCAACACGGCCAGCGUGGCCGCCUUCGAGGGCCAGGUGGGCCAGGCCGCGUACUCGGCCUCCAAGGGCGGCAUCGUGGGCAUGACCCUGCCGAUCGCCCGGGACCUGGCGCCGCUCGGCAUCCGCGUGGUCACCAUCGCCCCAGGGCUGUUCUCCACCCCGCUGCUGGCCGGUCUGCCCGAGAAGGUCCGGAAUUUCUUGGGACAGCAGGUGCCGUUCCCGUCCCGGCUCGGGGACCCGGCCGAGUACGCGCACCUGGUGCAGGCCCUGGCUGAGAACCCCAUGAUCAACGGGGAGGUGGUGAGGCUGGACGGGGCCCUGCGCAUGCAGCCCUGAGCCGGGGGACCCCCCCGGGCCGGAAUUUGGGGAGGGGGAGCGGCCACGGCGGGGACCCAGCGGGGAUGGACGCUGUGGCUGGACACGCUCCGGGGACACUCCAGGACGGGAACGCUGCGGGGACGAGGACCGGGGGCACCGGAUGGGUGGGGACGGCGUUCCCUGAGUGGACACGACCCCCACCCCGAGUGGACACGACCCCCACCCCGAGUGGACACGACCCCCACCCCGAGCGGGGACACGCCGGGAUUUGGGGACAAACCCCAGCAGUGUGGCUGUGACACCACUCAGAAGUCGCGAAACCCCGCGAUGGGGACCCCGCUCAGGUGUGGGGGGCCCAUCCCGAGCCCCCCCCCCGAGCGUGGGAACCCCCGGGAGUCCCCCCGGCCCCUCCCCCACCGCAAUAAAGCGUGUUCGCCCACGCGGCCUCCGA